CUUCUCUAAACAUCCUUCACCUCUCUGCUUAAAACUACCUGACAAAAACACUUUCUGCCUCUUCUGAAACACAAAGAUGGCUGCAGCUCUGACUCUCCUCCUCAUUGGCUGUCUGCUGCAAGGUGCCCUGUGUGGACAGUUUGAGAUCAUUAUACCAAAUAAUAUAGAGGUUCUGAAGGGAUCCUGUGUGACAAUCCCCUGCUCCUUUGACGUAGACGAUCAACAUAAUGUCAACUUAGAUAACACAUGUAAAGCAUUAUGGAAAGAAUCUGAUAGCAGACUUGUUGUGUUUGAUAGCAGUAAUCCACAACAGAGUGCAAUCAUAGGACAAUUGAUCGGUGACCUAACAAAAAAAGACUGCACCACAACCCUGGAUGACAUGCAACCUCAAAACAACAAAGAGUAUUAUUUUAGAUUGGAAUGUGACAUUCUGAAAUACUAUUUUCAUGACGUGAAAAUUUCAGUCGAAGAUGAUCCACCCAGACCGACUCUGACUCCGCCCACACUGAAGGUGAAAGAGGGAACCUCAGUGAGUUUGAACUGCUCUGCUCCAGCUCCCUGUCUGUCUCUUCCUCCAAAUCUGACAUGGAGCCCCGGCCUGGGUGAAGAUCAGGAGACCCUGCAGGAGAAUCAGGACAAAACUAAAGUCAAGAUCUCUGUGCUGAACUUCAAAGCAUCACACCUCCAUCACGGACAGGAAAUCUCCUGUACUGCUGUCUACAGAAAACAAGAUGGCAGCACUGAGUCAUCUGUGAAAACCAGUUUAACAGCUGACAUUACAUAGAUCAACAGUACAAACUCAUCACACACUCCCGGUCUUCACCUCCACAGCCAGAGGCCGCCUUCCACACACUUCUAUCCGCCCUAAGAGCUCUCAUAGACGGACAAACUCAUCACACACACUCCUGCUCUCAGCUAGUG